AUGGAAUCUGUGUGGGUGCCCUGGGUGGUGGCUUUGCUGGUGAAUUUAAUGAGGCUGGAUCCCUCUAUGACUCAAGGCACAGACUACCCAGAAGAUUUUGUGAUUCAGGCAAAGGCUGACUGCUACUUCACCAACGGGACGGAAAAGGUGCAUUUUGUGGUCAGAUUCAUCUUCAAUUUGGAAGAGUAUGCACGCUUUGACAGUGACGUGGGGAUGUUUGUGGCACUGACGGAGCUGGGGAAGCCCGAUGCUGAGCUGUGGAACAGUCGGCCGGAUAUACUGGAGAGGAGCAGGGCUUCCGUGGAUGCUCUCUGCAGACGCAACUACUGGCUGGGGGCACCCUUCACUGUGGGGAGAAGAGUGCAACCAGAGGUGACAGUGUACCCUGAGCGGACCCCAUCCCUGCAGCACCACAACCUGCUGCUCUGCUCUGUGACGGGAUUCUAUCCAGGGCACAUCCAGGUCAGGUGGUUCCGGAACGGGCAUGAGGAGAGCGAGGGGGUCACGCCCACUGGCCUCAUCAGGAAUGGAGACUGGACCUUUCAGACAACAGUGACACUGGAAAUGACUCCUGAGCUUGGGGACGUCUACACCUGCCUUGUUGAGCAUCCCAGCCUGCUGAGCCCUGUGUCUGUGGAGUGGAGAGCUCAGUCUGAAUACUCUUGGCAAAAGAUGCUGGCUGGAGGUGCAGCCUUCCUGCUUGGGCUAGUCCUCCUUCUGGUGGGGACCGUCAUCCACCUCAGGGCUCGAAAAGGAUACAUGGAGGCUCAGCUGUCUGGUUAUGAGGUGUGCAGAAAAAAUGUUCUCCCGCCACAGGCAUGCGAAGGCCCUGAGUGGAGACUGUCUCCUGGAUCCUGAAGCAGCUCCUGAGCCCUGGACUAGGCAGAGGACAUUGAUGAGGUCGAUGUUCCAGGGGCUCCUUUCUGUGAGGGUGGGGAACAGUCCCGAAUGAUUCUGUGUCCUGAGGUCAUCCAUUUCCCACCCUCUUCGCUUCUCCCUCCUGCUUGAGAAGGUCAUCAGGCCCCAUUCCCAAGACCAAAGUCCAGAAAUUCCCCUAAGACUUAAUUCCUUCCAGCUCCAAACUGUUUACCUUUCCAGCCCUAAUUCUGAAGGCCAUUACCCAGUCUUUCUCCCUGCUAGCU